AUGGCGCACAAUAAUGGAAGCGAGGCGCCUUCGCCUCGAUCUUUUGCGAUUCAGCAUCAACGACCUAAGGAUAGUUUCGUUGGCUGCUCUCGAAUUAGCGACUACGAGCUUUUGGGAAAACUAGGAGAAGGUACUUUUGGUGAAGUUCACAAGGCGAGAGCACGAAAAAAUGGUGCUUUGGUUGCAUUAAAGAAGAUUAUAAUGCACAACGAGAAAGAUGGAUUUCCAAUCACAGCACUUCGAGAGAUCAAGCUUCUUAAACUAUUGUCGCACAGGAAUGUGUUGCGCCUGGAGGACAUGGCCGUCGAGCAUCAUAGUAAAAUGACCGAUAAGAGAAAACGACCGAUCAUGUAUAUGGUAACGCCAUACAUGGAUCACGAUUUAUCUGGCCUACUCGACAACCCAUCCGUUCAAUUUACGGUACCUCAGAUUAAAUGCUAUCUCCUUCAGCUUCUCGAAGGUCUCCGUUACCUACACGACAGCAAGAUUCUCCACCGAGAUAUGAAGGCCGCCAACCUACUCAUCAGUAAUAAGGGUAUACUACAGAUUGCUGAUUUCGGUCUUGCAAGACAUUACGAGGGACAAGUCCCCGAAAAAGGAAAAGGUGGUGGUGAGGGUCGGAGAGAGUACACUAGUCUUGUGGUCACCCGAUGGUACCGACCUCCUGAGCUCUUGCUACACCUUAAAAAAUACACCACUGCUAUUGACAUGUGGGGUGUUGGUUGUGUCUUCGGUGAGAUGUUAGUUGGCAAACCUAUUUUGGCCGGCGAGAGCGAUACGCACCAGCUCGACAUCAUCUUUGACCUAGUCGGAACUCCGACGGAUCAGACUAUGCCGGGAUGGAAACAAUUACCUGGUGCUGAGGCUAUUAAUCCACGACCGCGACCAGCAUCAUUGGCGCAACGGUUCCGCGAGCACGGUUCGAGCGCCAUCUCUCUAUUGAAAGAGCUCCUAACACUUGACUGGCGAAGUCGUAUCAACGCUAUUGAUGCGCUAGAACAUCCCUACUUCAAGUCUUCUCCUUUCCCGGCAAAGCCAGAAGACCUCCCCACCUUUGAGGACAGCCACGAAUUGGACCGUAGGAAAUUCCAUGAUCGAAAAGCUGCUCUACCGCCCGCCCCCAAGGGGGGUACUGUCGGUGUGGGUGCAUUUGGAGGUCCCAAUGCGGAAUUUGGUAGUGGUGAUGGGUAUGGUAACAGACGAUACCCCAAACAUCACGGCGGAUAUCGGGGCGGCGAAGAGGGUCGUCGACCUGCCUGGGCCCGGGACCAACCUCAUAUGGAUCAUCGAUUACCGCCACGUCCCCCUCCCCCUGACUACCCAGGAAACGGAUGGGAUAAUCCUGCCGAGCAUCACGACUCAUUCAGGGAUAGGGCGCCGAGAAACCGUGGGGCUAAUCGGCCGGAUGUUGACACCUACAUUCCUCGCUACCGUGAUGGUGAUCGGCCACCUAGAGAAGAUCGACCGCCUAGAGAAGAUCGACCACCGAGAGAUGAUCGUCGAAGAUGGGAGGAUCGAGAUGGUAGACGACGUGAUCGGGACCGUCGCGAAGGAGAUUACGACGAUCGUAGCCGUGCAAGCCAGACACGCAGUCGCAGCCGUUCACCCGUUCGGGACAGGGACCGAGACGUAUAUCGGCGAUAG